UACAUUCUCUCUUCUUCUUCCUCUUCUUCUUCAGCAAAGAAGGACGACAGUCGCAGGGAAGCUGACCCGGCGAUCUUGGCACGCCGCCAUGUUAGCUUCGCGGUGCAAAUUCCCCGGCAUUUCCGCGCCGUUCUCUGUCGGGACUUUCGUCAAACACCUGGCUGUCCCUACGUCAACGAGGCUGCACUGUGCUCUAGUCAGUGCGGAGGGAGGAGCCGAGAGCAGAGCCGUUCACUGUCCGAAGUUCCAGGCCCUGAAGAGUCAUCAGAAAGAGCAGAUACACCUCUACGUGGACGCUCUCCUUGAGUGGAACCAGAGAAUGAAUCUGACUGCGGUCAGAGAGGCGGGUGAGGUGAUGGAGAGGCACGUCGAGGACUCCCUAUCGAUCGUCCCUCCGAUACGGGACUCUUAUCUAUCGCAUUGCAGUACUUCUUGCGGUAAGAUUAGCGUCGUCGAUGUUGGGAGCGGCGCUGGGCUUCCUGGAUUGGUCUUAGCAAUUGCAGAGCCCGAUUGGCAGGUGACUCUUGUCGAGUCUAUGAGAAAACGUUGUGUUUUCUUGGAGCAUGCGGUCAAUCUAGCCGGGGUGUCCAAUGUUGAGGUCGUGAAUGGAAGAGUGGAGGAUAUUGGUAAUGAUUUGUGCUUCAGAGAACAUUUUGAUGUUGCUGUUGCCAGAGCUGUAGCCGAGAUGAGAGUCUUAGCUGAAUAUUGUCUUCCACUUGUUCGUGUUGGCGGCUUGUUUGUGGCUGCGAAGGGUCACAAUCCGGAGGAUGAAGUUAAAAAUGCUGAAACAGCAAUCCGGUCAAUGGGUGCUUCCCUUUUGCAAGUCUGUCCUGUUGAAUCCCACGGUCCAUAUGGGCAGAGAACUGCCAUCAUCUGUUUGAAGGGUCACCCCACACCCAGAAAGUAUCCCCGCUCUCCAGGCACACCAGCAAAAGAACCACUGUAAAUACUGAGGUGGCCUCCACUGAUCGUCACAAGUUAUUUCAUGUAAUUCACUGUGAAAUUUUUAUACAGUAACUCAUAUUUGCGAAAGUGUAAUUCUUUGCUGGAUUCGUCCACUGUCACUAGUAGCUUAUCAGUGAAUUGAUUAUUGUAAUGUUAGGCCUUACUUAGCAUGGAGAGCGUUCUAUACCUGCCACAUGCAACAUCUGGUGUAAGAUUUUCAGUGUAUUCGAGAGUUGUAAUGGUGCAUAUCCACAGAGAUGAGCUUUUAGAUUUGUA